AUGGUGGAACGCGAGGGUAUGCGGCGCGGCAGCGGUGGCGGUUGUGGCUGGGGCGGCGGCGUGCUGGGCCGCUGGUCGCUGCGCCGCCUCCUGCUCGACAGCCCACUCGUGGGGAGGAGGCUUGCACACACAGUAUUGGAGCAAGCAGACGGACGGCCCGCGAAAUUAAACAACGUAGAACAGCAAAAACAAACUACAGUAGAAUUUAUAGCAGAAGAUGAAGAGGGGGAUGGUCUCGAGUGUCCGCUAUGCCUGUCGGUGUUCAACUCGACUGCAAUGGAGCGGCUCGCGUGGUGCUCGCACCGAUGCUGCGAGCCCUGCUUACGACAAUACCUUGCUAUCGAGAUCUUCGAGGCGAGGGUCCCAGUUAAUUGCCCAGUUUGCCACGAGAGCAUGCACCCCUCAGACGUUCGUCGCAUCGUAGACAACCCGGUGCUGUACGAGAAGUAUGAAGAGUUCUCAGUGAGACGCGCGCUCGCCGCCGACCCUGACACACGGUGGUGCCCCGCGCCCGACUGCAGUUUCGCGGUGGUGGCGACGGGCUGCGCGUCGUGUCCGAAGCUGACAUGCCUGGCGCCGGGGUGCGGCGCGUCAUUCUGCUACCACUGUAAGGCGGCGUGGCAUCCCACGCAGACCUGCGACGCCGCGCGACGCAGCCGAGCGCCGCCGCCGCGGGCGCCGCAACCCUCGCAUCCAGAUAUUGACCAUGGUGACGUGAAACCAUGCCCCCGAUGUUCCGUACUAAUAGUGAAGGUAGAGGACGGCUCCUGCAACCACAUGGUGUGUUGCGUCUGUGGCGCGGAGUUCUGUUGGCUGUGUAUGAAGGAGGUUUCAGACUUACAUUACUUGAGCCCUAGCGGAUGUACAUUCUGGGGAAAAAAGCCUUGGUCCCGGAAGAAAAAGUUGUUAUGGCAGCUGGGCACGCUGGCGGGCGCGCCGCUGGGCAUCGCGGUGGUGGCGGGCGUGGCGCUGCCGGCGCUGCUGGUGGGGCUGCCGCUGUGGGCGGGGCGGCGCGCGCACCGCCGCCUGCGCCGCGCGCCCGCCGCGCGCCGCCGCGCCGCCGUGGCCGCCGCCGUGGCCGCGGCGCUGCUGGUGUCGCCGCUAGUGGCGGGGCUGGCCGUGGGCAUCGGCGUACCCAUCCUGUUGUUCUACGUGUACGGCGUCGUGCCGGUGUCGCUGUGUCGCGCGGGGGGCUGCGCCGGCGGCCCGCCGCCCCCCGCCGCCGCGCACUUCGACGACGACCGCGACCACGCUCCCGACCAGGACGCCGCGUCACGACGACUUGAACCCAGCAUAGGUGACGCGUCUUUGUCAGCGGGGUCCCACCACGCGGAAGUCCGCGCGCCGUCGCUGGCGGCGCUGGCGGGGUCGCUGGGCGGGCACGAGACGCACUCGCCCGCCGCGCACAGACUGGAGGUGACGGCCGACGUGGCCGCGUCCGACACCGCCAGCGCGGCCAGCUGGCCCGACGACCUGCCCUCCACGUCGUCCCGCUCGGCGCGCCUGCGCAGCCUGUUCCUGUACGGGUCGGCCGUGCCGCCGCCCGACCCCGAGGCGGGCACGUCGGGCGGCGCGCCGCCCCCCGUGCCGCCGCACGCCGUGGAGCUGAGCGCGGCGUGCGAGACGCGGCCGCGCUGCGCCAGCCCGGGCGGCGCGGCCGUGCUGGCGGCGGGGGACGGCGCGUAA